AUGUUUGUCGGUCGUUGGGUUUACAGUAAGGGGCAAACUGUUGGUUCGCUUAGUUUCUCUAGGCUCUUGCAGGGGCGAGUCGGUGGGGAAGCCGAUGCGGUGGCAACCACGUCGUACGGUUGUGUGCUCUUUCUCAAGGACGAUGUUGUAAACUUCUUUGGUGCCGGAGGCGGUGAAACCCCUUCUCUGUCCGUUGAAGAGGAUCUUCUGAACUCGGUUAUGCGGUGGGCAUGCGGAGGGCAGAGUCAGUGCGGCGAGGUCUCCGCAGGUCUUGCACGGGAACUGCCUUCGUCCUUUCCUUGCGCAUCCUCAGGCCCGAGGUCUGUAGUAGAACGGUGCGUCGGAGAUCCAUGUAGCUUUGGUGUCAUUGCAGGGUUUGUUUGCCGCUACCCCCACAAUGAAGGUGAGGCUCAUACCGUUCAUGAUGCUGAAGCUGGUGAUAGGGUUGGUGGCAGUGGCCUGCGCAGGGAGCGUUGUGGGAGUUGCUUGCUAUGGGAGUGGGGGGAGCUGAUCAACUGCACCACCAUCUCGCAGCUCUCGCUCUAUUUGGACUCGCCACUGCCAGUAAAAGAUGUGAAGGAAACGUAA